AUGGCAUUUUUCCUUGAAGAACGAGAUACUAAAUUUUUAAUAGACGAUAGAACUCCUUUGAUUGGUCCAGGUCAAUAUGAUGUCCCUGGUGCAUUUAAAAAUAGAAGUUCAAAGUCUCAAGAAUCACGAUUCGUAAAUAUAAAAAGACCUGGGUUUAAUUAGAGUACAAAAAGACAAGAAAUUCAUAAAAUAAAUUAUAAUCCUGCUCCAGGACAAUAUGCUGCCAAUUAGAACAGCUUCAAACCGAACUAUGUAGCAAAUUAACUUAAACAAGAGGAGAAAGGUGUGUACUAUGUCAUUGAAAGAGGAAACCUUCAGAAAAAAUAGCAACUAUAUGCAGCUGAUAAACUGAAGAGAUUCAAUUAUACUCAAAUUUCAGAUGUUGGAGAAUAAAUUGGACCAGGCAGUUACAAUGUAGCUGAUUAAACAGAGACAAAAGUUCAAUAAAAAGCCUAUUAAUAAGAAUAGCCAACCUAUCUGCAAGAUCAGAUUGAACCGCCUGUUAAUAAGACUAAAAAGAAAUUAAAAAAGACAGCUUAGCAGAUGACUAAGGUAAUGGGAACGGUUCCAAGCAUCCCAUCAGGAAAUAAAAUUUUGAUUUAGUUCGAUGAAACAUAUGCUGAGGAACCUAAUUUACACAGACAUAACUAUUCUCCAGUUUCUGCAAUACAAGAAUAGAUUAAGGAAAAUGAAUCUCCAAGAUCCUAAUAGAAGAGGAAUCCACAGAGAUCGAUAGAUUUAAGAAUUCAAAAAUCUUAAAUUCCAUCUGCUGCAGACAUGGGAAGAAUAAGUGUGGUUGGCACAAGUGGACCAACUACUAGAGCUAUUGUUAGUAGUUAAGGUUUUAAACCAAAUAGAGGAGAAAAGGAUAAUCAAAGUGCUGAUAGAAAGAAUUAUCAAUCCUAAUUGAGUAGGAAAGAAACUGGAAAAGAAAGAGGUCCACAGGACAGUGUCUAAACUUUAAUGCUUAAAAACGAGGGACAAUAAAAUACAUAUACUCAAGGAUAACUAUCAUCAAAUAGAUAGUUUAAAGAAGCAGACUUAAAGACUGAUGCUUAAUAGUAGUAAAUAGACGAGCUACCUAACCUCAAUGAUGAUACAGAGAUUCAAUAGCCAACUAAUAUGAUUAAACUACUUACUGAGAAGAGAAAUUCAAACCCAGUCAUUUCAACUAACAAUCAUAUUCAACAGCCUGAACUCACAAAUAUAAUGACGAAUAAUAAUAUACAUACAAUUGAGAAUUAAUUCAAUAAAACUUAGAUAAUGUAGGCUGUAGAUAAAAUGCAUAAGGAGUAAGAGUAAAGAGCUAAAGUUAAUGUAGGUCCAGGGCAAUAUAACCCAGAUGAUAAGCCUACGAAGAAGGGAACACCUGCCUAUAAUUGGGCUGCUUCUAAGGCAAAAAGAUCUAUAGCUAAUUCAUUUUGCAAACCUAAAAAUCUAGUCUCAGCUGGAUAUGUACUUCCAGACAAGGAAGAGUUAAUCGUGCCAGGGCCAGGUGCUUAUGAAUAGGAAAUUCUGACUAUCAAUAAUACAGUGAAAUCUAAAAUUCCAAUAAUAUAGAGUUAAGAAUUAAAUGAACUUAGAAUGACUAGUUAUAAUAACUAUAGAGCUAUCAAAUAAAAGAUGAAUAUUGUGGAAAAAGCUGGAUAAGAAGAAAAAAUGAAAAGAAAUUAGGAGAUGAAGUAAGAAUUUAAAAGUAGAGUUGGACCCGGAGUUUACUAUAACAAUAGGAUUUAAAGUGACUUUAGAAAUGAAUUGAAACCAGAGUACCUGUAAUUCUUUGGAUCAACACAAGAGAGAUUUAAAGAAUUUAGCAACUCGUUCUCUUAACCUAAGCCUGAUAUAGGGCCAGGAACUUAUGAAGUACCAAUGACUGCACCAAAUAUCAGUGGAGGGAUAGGAGUUUACAGUGCAAGAAAAGUAGAGACUGCUGCAUUUAAAUCUAAAAGAAAUGAUUUGCUGUUCUCGGGAAAUGAUCUUCCCGCACCUGGAUAAUACAAUUCUGGAAUGAAAGAUGGAAUGGCUGAUGGAAGAGGAAGCACUGGAGGCACUUGGCAUACCUCAAUUGGAGCAUUUGGUACAACAGAGAAAAGAUUUGCUUAACUAUUUAAGAAUGGGACUGGAGGUGCUGAUGCUCUAGAUAGCAGGAUAGGAGUUCCAGGUCCAGGAGAAUAUGAAGCUUAAUCAUAGAUAGGAGGAGCAAUUAAAUACAUAACUAGAAAGGUAAGAGGCAAAUCAGUAAAAGUUAGAUCUGAAAUUCCAGGCUCAGCAGUUUUCAAAUCAACAACAGGUAGGACUAAUAUAGAUAAUCUCAAUGUAACAGCUAAAUCUUAAACUCCUGCAGUAGGCUAAUAUAACAGCUCAUAUGCUCUUGGAUAAUCAUAAAUGUAAGGGGGAGCUCCUAAUAAUUUCCUAUUGAUGAGAAAUGAUAAGAGAUACGCACCAUUCUAAUCUACAGUUAAUAGAUUCAAAAGCUUAGAUAAUAAAGGAAACCAAAGUCCAGGAUCCUAUGUUUCAACUGCAGAUAUUUCAUUAUCACAAGAUAGGUCCAACAAUACCAAGAAUAAGCCCUCAUUUGCAGCUGCUGAAAGAUUUUCUGAUGUCUCCAAAUAGAAGAAUUUCCGAAUUGGUCCUAAGAUACUUGGGCCAGGCCCUACUUCAUACAAUUCAGAAUCCAGCUUUACCAAAAAGUCAUAUAAUCUAAGAUUCUUAUAAUGA